AUGGCUUUUCCUGGUAGACGACCAUAUGUUAGACGACCUAUACCAAUACGACGACCUCCUCUGAGACCAAU